ACACUGCGCUCCUGUACCUGGCGAAGCGAACCAAAUCUGUGCGUUAAAGGACUAAAACGACGUCAAAGUGACAAGAAAUCCCCCUGAAAUACACGCCAUCGCUUGUCUUUAAACUUAGAAUGGACUAACGCUUAUUUUGGUUGAAGAUAAACUAUUACCAGUAAGAGAGGACUUCCACAGACGAGGUAUUUGACGGCCAGCCAAGGACAUGGACUGGAAGACCUUCCAAGCCCUCCUCAGUGGGGUGAACAAAUACUCCACGGCAUUCGGGCGGGUAUGGCUGUCUGUGGUGUUUGUAUUCAGGGUGAUGGUGUACGUGGUGGCAGCCGAGCGAGUGUGGGGCGACGAGCAGAAGGACUUUGACUGCAACACCAAGCAGCCCGGCUGUGCCAACGUCUGCUACGACCACUUCUUCCCCAUCUCCCACAUCCGCCUGUGGGCCCUGCAGCUCAUCUUCGUCACCUGCCCGUCCUUCAUGGUGGUCAUGCAUGUGGCGUACCGUGACGACCGUGAGCGCAAGUACAAGGCAAAGCACGGAGACACCACCAAGCUGUACAACAACACGGGCAAGAAGCACGGCGGCUUGUGGUGGACCUAUCUGGUCAGCCUCUUCGUAAAGACGGGCAUCGAGGUCUCCUUCCUCUACAUCCUCCACCGCAUCUACGACAGUUUCUACCUGCCAAGGUUGGUCAAGUGCAACGUGUCACCCUGUCCCAACCUGGUGGACUGCUACAUCGGCCACCCCACUGAGAAGAAGGUCUUCACCUACUUCAUGGUUGGAGCUUCAGGCCUCUGCAUCGUCCUGAACAUCUGCGAGAUCAUUUAUCUCAUAUCCAAACGCUUUGUGCGUAUCGCAAACAAGAUCAAUAAGCGCAGUCGCAACAUGGCCGCGCAUAACAACGAGUACAACAAGGAAGCCUUUACCAAUGGCAACACGACCAUGUCCAGGCUGGACCUGAAAGAUAAGCCUCCAUCCUUUAGGAGUGCAUUCAAGCCUUCACACAGGCUAUCUGGACUCAAAAUGCAAGAGAAGAUACGGGCCUCUGCUCCUAAUCUGUCCAUUUCCUCGUGAACGGAAGUCAGGCUGCAGCACUCAGCAGUACUUGGGCUAGAACCCAAUGACAAAGCACAGUAAACAGACUCAGAACUAUGAGCCAAAAGCUUCCAUGUGUGUCAGACCCUGGAAGUUGAGUCAUCAGUACUGGAUUCAUCCUGUGGGCCCCUGUGUCCACAUCUCAGACUCUUUUUGAGCGUGUGAACUUUGGUUUCCAAGUCAACAUCCACAAUAUUUAUAAGUCAGCCAGAGCCAAAAUGAUUUGUAAAUGAUAUAAUGAUUCUUCUUUGAAUACAAUAAAGGUCUGUGUGCCUUUUCAACUUCACCCCUUCACCCAUAUUAGAACAUUCCUGUGAGGUUUCUGUGUUUCUUGUGAUUGGAGUUUUAACACGAGAGGGGGAGGAAUUGAGACGCUUGGCGUCACACAAGGAGGGCAGGACACACCUGGCAGAGGUAUUCACCCUCCCUGCCAGUGU